GACGGCACCCUUUUUGCUGCAUCAUUCAGGGUCAACGCACGGAAUCGAUUUGAGGCGUAUGUGACUAUAGAGGGAGUUCCUCGGGAUGUCCUGAUUUAUGGUCUCAAGGCACAGAAUCGAGCGGUUGAAGGAGACACAGUCGCAGUGGAGGUAGACCCUCCGUCACUGGAACCCAGUGACCCACAGAUAGGCGCCACACAGGAAGAGAAUGGCUCUCUGAACACUCACUGCGCGCCAAGCACUGGUGCAGCGACUGGAGUUGAGGCAGGGAGAGGAGGGAGAGGAGGGGGAGGAGGGGGGAGAGGGGGAGGAGGGGAGAGAGAUGAGGGGAGUAGGCAGGGGGGAAAGGCGGAGGCAAUAGAGAGGCUGGCGCGGGCAGUGAGGGGGGAUCCGGAUCUGCGGCUGACGGGGCGUGUGGUGGCGAUUGUUCAUUGGUCGGCGCGGAGAGAGGCGGUGGUGGGGCGGCUGGAGCUGCUGCCAGCUGCAGGGGCGCAGAUGGAGAAGGAGAGGCAGAGGCGACGGGCUGUGGAGAGGAAGAAGCGAGUGGGGGAGAAGCAGCAGCGGAAGCAGGAGAAGCAGGGGCAGCAGGGGCAGCAGAAGCAGCAGCAGCAAGAGAAGGAGCAACAGCAGGAGCAGCAAGGGCAGCAGGCGGCAAUGGGGGGGAAUGCGAAGGUGAAUGGGAGCGGGGUUACUAGUGGAGGUGAUGAGAUUGAAGAGGGGGAGGUGAUUGGAGAAGAGGAAGAGGGGGGAAUGGUUCUGGAAGAAGGGGAGGUGGUUGGGGAAGAGGAGGGGGAAGAGGAGGGGGAAGUGGUUCUAGAGGAGGGGGAAGUGGAUCUAGAGGAGGGGGAAGUGGUUGGAGAGGAGGAAGCGGUAUUCCUCUCUAUGGAAGCUGGUGAUAGGGAACCGUCUUCCUCUGCUGUUGAAUUGAAGGAUUCUGUUGUUGGUGCUCAUACUGCCCCUGCUAGUGCUUUUCCUGUUGACGCUCCUGCUCCUGCGGCUGCUGCUGCUGCGGCUGCUGCUGCUGCUGUUGCUGACCCGCCCACUGCUCGAGACCUGGAUGAUGCUCUGUCUAUAACGAGGAUAAAGGCUGGGGGGGCAAAGGGGAAGAAAAAAGGGAAGGGGAAGGGGAAGGGGAAGGGGAAGGGGAAGGGGGAGCAGGAGCAGGGAGAGGGGGAGAAGGGGAAGGGGGCGGUGAAAUGUGUGAAGGAGGGUGAGGAGGAGGCAGAGGAGGAAGAAGAGGAGGAGGAGGAGGAGUUGUACCAAGUUGGAGUUCACAUUGCUGACGUGUCAUACUUCAUACCGCCCGGAUCCGCACUAGAUGCCGAAGCCGCCCGGCGGUGCACGACAGUGUAUCUAAUCCAGCAGGCCAUGCCGAUGCUCCCCCGCCCGCUGUGCGAGGACCUCUGCUCGCUACAGCCGGGGGUUGACAGGCUGGCGUUUUCGGUGGUGUGGGAUGUGACUGUAACGGGGGAGGUGAGGCGGCAGUGGGCGGGAAGGUCUGUGAUUCGUCCGUGUGUCCAGCUGGCGUAUGGGCAUGCGCAGGAGAUGAUUGAUGGGAGGUUUGGGGGAGGGGAGGAGGUGGCAGGGUGGGGGCGGGGAGGGGGAGAGGGGAAGAAGGGGAAGGAGGUGAGGGAGGAGGGGGAUGAUGAGAGUGGGAUUGGGAGUGUGAGUGAAGGGGGGAGUGAGGGGGCGGGGAGCAGAGGAGGGGACGGAGAGGGCGGAGGAGGCGGAGGGGGCGGAGGGGGAGGAGGCGGUGGAGGGGUGGGGAAGCUGGACGGCAGAGUGAACGAGGACUGGCGGCCGGUCGUAUACGGAGGCCACAGGUGGCACGAUGUGAUUGGAGACGUGCUGGCGCUGCACCGUAUGGCGCAGAGCCUGAGACGGGCAAGGGAGGAGAGGGGUGCGCUCAUGCAGCUGCAGACAUCCAAACUGAGGUUCUCCUUUGAUGCAGAGGAAGGGGAGGAGGGGGAGGAGGAGCUGGGGGGCAUUGGGGAUGUGGGCGUGGGUAACAACACCAACAACACCAACACCAACACCAACACCAGCACCAGCAGCAGCGGUGGCGGUAGCAAUGGUAAUAAGUGGAGGCCUGUGGGUGCAGCAGUGGCGCCGGCAACAGCAGCAGCAAAUCAUCUGGUGGAGGAGCUCAUGCUUCUGGCCAACACCACCGUGGCGAAUAUCAUUUCUCGCGCCUUCCCUUCCGAUGCUCUGCUCAGGCGCCACCCCCCUCCCAACGCCAAGAAGAUGGGCGAUUUCCUGCGCUUCGCCUGCCAGCAGGGCGUGCUCUCAGCAGAGUUUUGCAAAAAAUUGGUGCGAGAGUGCCCAGAACUGAAGCAGCUUAUAGCGGGUACAGGCGGGGGAAAAGGGCCAGGAGGUUUGGAGGAGGAAACAGAAGGGGAGACGGAGGGAGCCGGGGGUGGCAUGGAUGGAGUGAUACCGUCCAAAGUGCUGAGUGAAAUACUUAACGAGGUGGGGCGGGCGGUGGAGGAUCCAGGGGAGAAAGCGCUGCUGCUGCUGAUGGCGACUAAACCCAUGCAGCUGGCUCAGUACUUCUGCCGAGGACAGUGGGGUGGGAAUGAUGGUGAUGGUGAUGAUGGUGAUGAUGGGGAUAAUGGUGGGGAUUGUGCAUGUGGUGGGGACGACAAUGAUGGGUUUUUCAGGGGUGGUGGAUUUCGGGGAGGUAGAUCUGGGGGAGGUAGAUCUGGGGGAGGCAGGUCUGGCAGGGGGGGUAGGUCUGGUGGAGGUAGAUUCGGGGGAGGUAUAUCUGUGGGAGGUAGUUCUGGUGGGAAAGCAGGUAUAUCUGGUGGAGAAGGCGAGUGGACGUCUCAUUACGGGCUCGCUCUCGACCUAUACACGCAUUUCACCUCCCCGAUCCGCCGCUACGCUGACGUCAUCGUGCACCGCCAGCUGGCGGCCGCGCUGGCGGCAGAGGAGAGGCUUAUAGCGAGGAUGGGGCUGAGCAGCAGUGUGAAGUGGGAGAAGAAGGGAUUGGGUGCAGGAAGGGGAGCAGGAGAAGCAGGAGAAGCAGGAGAAGCAGGAGAAGCAGGAGAAGCAGGAGAAGCAGGAGAAGCAGGUGGGGCGACAAGUGAGAAAGGAGAGAGGGGUGGAGCAGAAGGAGCAGGAGGGAAUAGGCAUGAUGUGAGUGGUGAUGUCAACGUUACGCUGCUUAGGAAGCUGACUGGGAUAGCGGCUGGAGGUAGGGUGCUCACUGCUGUGGGGGAUCCGCUGGGGCUGCUGGCAGGGUGUGGAAGGAGUGGAGGGAGUGGAGGGAGUGGAGGGAGUGGAGGAGAGGGGAAGGGAGAAGGGAGGGGAGAGUUUGCAGGGGAGGAGGGUAUGCAGGGAGGGCGAGGUGGGAGAGGAGGGACAGGAGGGAGAGGAGGGAGAGGAGGGAGACGGGGAGGGAGAGGACGGGGAGGAGGAAAGGGAGGGAGAGGAGGAGGAGGGGCGAAUGAAGACAAGAAGAGCCUGUUACGUCGCGAGCUGGUAACCGCAGUGCGGCACGAGUGCCAGCUGGUGCACAAGGAACGAGCGAUGCCGCCCGCCGACACCGUUGCUGACGUGGCGACGCGGUGCAACGAGAGGAAGCUCGCCGCCCGAUACGCGCAAGAGGCGAGCGAGCGGCUGUUCCUGUGCCUGCUGCUGCGCCGCACCCAGGGGUGCCUUUCCAACGCAUGGGUGACGGCAAUCGGGCCGCGUUACAUGAACGUCUACAUCGAACGCUUUGGGAUGGAACGACCCAUCCACUUCAACUCUAUCCCCAACACCACGUGCCAAUGGGUCGCUGCCACUAGCACUGUCAUCAUUAGCGCCAAGCCUCGUCCUUCCGAGGCUAACUCCAAGGCUCGGAACGGAAAGGUUCGGAAAGACCAGGCUCGGAACGGCACGGCUGGAACUGCUGCAGAGUGCAGAGCAGCAGCGGCGGUGGCAGAUCUACCAGCAGAUGAUUUGGCCCAUCUGAUUUCGCCAGCAGCGUUGGUUCAGAAGAACGGCGGGGAUACAAUCGGUAGUAGCAGUGAUAACGAGGAGAGAAGCGGCCGUGCUGUGGCAAGUGGGGGUUCGGAGAAUUCUACUGGAAUUUCAGGCCUGGCUGCAGAUGACCUUGCCCGUAGCAUCUCGCCUGAUUUGCUUGAAGGAGAUGAUGACGCAGACGGUGGAGGAGGUGGUACUUAUAACGAGGAUGACAGUAUCUUGCUGGUUGAUGGAGCGCUGGCAGCAGCGGGAGUGGGGGACGAGGGAGAAGGGGGUGUGCUGCAGCCUGUGGUGCUGCCGCUGACUCUCCGUGUCAUGGCUCAGGUGCCUGUGUUUGUGCAUACCACAGGGGGUGGCAAGCAGCUGAUGGACAUUGGGGCUCGCUUGUACGUGCCUGUGUUUGUGCAUACCACAGGGGGUGGCAAGCAGCUGAUGGACAUUGGGGCUCGCUUGUAUGUGCCUGUGUAUGUGCAUACCACGGGCGGUGACAAGCAGAUGAUGGCUAUUGGGGUUCGUCUGUACGUUGGCUGA